CAUUCGUGCAGUGUCGACUUCACUUGUAUCAUUUUACCGUGCGAAUUUCUAUGACCCUUGCUUAGUUAUGGCUUCCAACUUCACUUUGUUAUUGUAUGUUUUCAGCUUUACCCUUUAAUGAAGAAGGGUGUUUAUUCAUUUUUCUUUUACGCAAAAAGUAUGAUCAGUUUGGUUAUGUCUUUGAUUUAUUUGAUAAAAUGCCUCAUCGAGAAUCAGACUGCAAGUGAAGAACAGCAUGCAGGAAACUCUCCAUCAUUCACUUCCAGUUUCUAGCUCACCUGCAUUGUUUCUCUGUGCCAAUUUUGAUGACCCUUAAUAAUGACUGUCAGCUUGACUUCUACACUGUUCUGAUCCUUGUUAACAUUUUAUUUCUGGGAAAUUGCUUGCCAAGAGGAAAAUGAGACGUUCAACCGCGUCAGUCUCCCCUUCCUUUUUAUCUGCCUUACUUUCUUGUAGGCAUUUUAGUGUUGCUAGGAUUUGCAGAUGCCCAUCUCCUGUUCAUGGGAGUUAUAGGUGGGUUUGUGGGAUUUCCGACUCGUUGUCAAACAAUACACUAAACGCAUCUUCAAGUUCUCCUAAUAGGUUGAUGCUAUUUUCAACAAUGGCUGGUACAAUCUUGGUCCAGGCUCGAGACCCAGCCAAACUAAAUAUGGAAAUACUUAAUGCAAUUGAUGAACGAAGAUAUAUAGAUACAUGGAAGCUGUAUGAACAGCACAUGCAGAUGGAAGGGUUUCCUCGAAAAUCUGUUGUGAACAGACUUCUGACAGGUUUUGUGGAAAGCCUUGAUGUUAAAUGGCUUGAGAAGGCUUAUGCGAUGGUUGAACAAGCCUUUGAGGAGAGUAAACAGAAUUUGUUGGAGAAGGAGCCUCUGAUAUAUCUUUCUCUUGGUCUUGCCAAAUGCGGUUUGCCGGUUCCUGCAUCGACCAUUCUGAGAAAAUUGGUAGAAACUGAACAAUUUCCUCCUGUAACUGCCUGGUCAGCCAUCUUGGCCCACAUGUCACAAACAGCUCCCGGUGCUUACCUAGCUGCUGAAUUGAUUCUUGAGAUAGGUUAUUUGUUCCAGGAUGGGAGGGUGGACCCCCGUAAGAAGAGUAAUGCACCAUUGAUUGCUAUGAAGCCUAAUACUACCGCUUUCAACAUUGCUUUGGCCGGGUGCCUUUUAUUCUGCACAACAAGAAAAGCAGAGCAGCUCCUUGACAUAAUGCCUCGAAUUUGUGUAAAAGCUGAUGCAAACUUACUGAUUGUAAUGGCACAUAUAUAUGAAAGAAAUGGGCGAAGGGAAGAGCUGAAGAAACUUCAGAGGCACAUAGAUGAAGCUUGUAACUUAACUGAUAUUCAGUUCCGACAGUUUUAUAAUUGCUUGCUUACAUGCCAUUUAAAAUUUGGUGAUCUUGAUUCUGCCUCUAAUAUGGUCUUGGAAAUGCUACGGAAAGCAAAGGAUGCGCGAAAUUCUCUUGCUGUUGCUACGCUUGUGCUUGAAACUGCUAGAAAUGAUAACAGAGCCUUUACUGCACGUAUUUCUGGGCCAAAUCUGAGCCAAAAUGAACCAGAGGGAUCACAUAAGGACAGAUUAAUAGAGCACCAGAUUAUAUCUUAUGAUGAGUUCUCUAGAGACAGAAAUUUUGUUAAAAUUGGAAAUGAGGCUAAGGAAGUACUUCUUAGUUUGCUAGCUAAGUUGCAGACACAAGUUGAAUUGAUUACUACUGAACAUGGCAUUCUACAACCAACAGAAAAAAUUUACGUGAAAUUGGUUAAGGCUUUCCUUGAAGCAGGGAAGCUCAAGGAUUUGGCUCGGUUUCUUAUCAAGGCUGAGAAAGAAGAUUCCCCAGUUUCCAAUGAUGAUUCGGCAUUGGUUCAUGUUAUCAAGUCAUGCAUUUCACUUGGGUGGUUAGAUCAAGCGCAUGACCUCUUGGAUGAGAUGCGUUUUGCUGGAGUUAGAACCGGUUCUUCUGUAUAUGCCUCCCUGUUAAAAGCAUAUUGUAAAGCAAACCGCCUACAAGAAGUGACUUCACUUUUACGAGAUGCUCAGAAGGCUGGGAUCCAACUAGAUUCUAGUUGUUAUGACACAUUGAUACAAUCCCAAGUGCUUCGACAGGAUACUCAAGGAGCUCUUGAUCUAUUCAAGGAGAUGAAGGAGGCUAAGAUACCCAGAGGUGGUAACCCUGAAUUCGAGCAGUUGGUCGAGGGAUGUGCAGGCAAUGCUGAAGCAGGGUUAAUGGCGAAGCUCUUGCGAGAAAUCAGGGAAGGCCAGAAACUGGAUAGUGGAGUACAUGACUGGAAUAAUGUAAUACAUUUUUUCUGUAAGAAAAGGUUAAUGGCAGAUGCUGAGAAAGCUUUGGCAAAAAUGAGGAGCCUGGGGCAUACUCCAAAUGCUCAAACCUUCCAUUCUAUGGUCACUGGAUACGCUGCUAUUGGAGGAAAAUACAUCGAGGUAACCGAGCUCUGGGGUGAAAUGAAAUCACUUGCUUCUUCCGCUACAAUGAAGUUUGAUCAGGAACUUCUGGAUUCUUUGUUAUAUACCUUCGUGAGGGGCGGAUUUUUCAUUCGAGCUAACGAAGUUGUCGAUAUGAUGGAAAAAGGAAACAUGUUCAUUGAUAAAUACAAGUAUCGAACCCUCUACUUGAAGUACCAUAAAACACUUUAUAAGGGCAAGACUCCUAAAUUCCAGACAGAAUCCCAGCUAAAGAAGAGGGAAGCUGCUUUGAGUUUCAAGAAGUGGAUUGGUUUAUGUUAGAAGGAGAUUCAUUUGGGUGCUACAUGUAAUUUAGAGCUACAACUGCAUUGAUGACAAUUCGUAUAUCCAUACCAAUUUUCAUGUUAAGGUAUUUUACAUUUGUGUCACGAGUUCAAUAAUAUUAUAAUAUUUUUUUAAAA